GAAAAAAUGCGAGCAGCACCGCAUGGUCGGGUGGCAAGGGGGUCGUACGUAAGUGCCCGGAAUCCUGCGGUCAAGAGGUUGCUGUAUAAAACGUUUCACGGUGCCACUGCGCAUCACUUGCAACCGUCAGUUCCUUCUAGUCCUUGCCGCACCUUCGGGUCACCGGUAGAAGCGAGAGCCGCAGCUCUUGAAGCAAGAGUCAGCAGAUCUGCAGUGUGUGCUCGUGUCAGUGUCCGAAGGUUUACCCCCACUCCGACUCAUCAUGCGUUCCGCGGCCGCUAUAAUUUCUCAGCUCUUCGUGAUCUCCAUGCUACCUCUCGCUCUCGCCGGUGGUCAAUUCGGAUUCGGUGGGGGAUUUGGUGGCGGACUUGGGCACCACGGUGCGUUCGGCCCUUCGUUCGCAGCCACGUCCGCGCGGCAAGAGCAGUACUACCCACCACAGCCUUACAGUUUCGGCUACGACAACGCUGACUCGUACGGAACAAAAUCCUUCCACAAGGAGCAAGGUGACGGAUCUAAUACGAAGACGGGCGCCUACGGCUACUCCGAUGCCAACGGCAUCUUCCGCCAGGUGAAGUACAUCGCUGAUGCUGGCGGAUUCCGCGCAAAGAUUGACACCAACGAGCCCGGAACCGCCCCUGGAGCCAGUGCCGACGCGGUCUACAAUGCCAACCCUCUCCCCGCUGGCCCGCAGUACCGCAUCAUUGGUGGCUCCUCUCCCUACUCCUCUCGCUACACGAGCGCCUCCUCUUCUAGCCCUUGGUCUGGAUAGUCAAGAGUGUGAUGUAGGGAACUGUUUGCUGAAUAAUUGUUCCGGCUUCUGACGCUGUUCCUUUCUCAAAGGAGCAGGUAUGCCUGCUGCUCUCAGAGGCUGGACGUUUCUUGUGUACAGUGUAGAUAUGACUCUGUACUGCCAGGAGAAAUAAUUCUAAAUGCGAAUAAAAGCCUGCUUCAGCAAUC